UACUGUUAUAUAUCCUUCAGACGGCAGCAUGACCUCGCUGAACGAUUCGUUCAAUGCACAAGACCUGAUAGAUGGUUUCAGAUCCGCAGGAGGAUGGAUCGAUACGGAUAAAAUGGGUUUGAAACCUUUUCCUUCCAUGGGUUAUGGUGCAGUAGCUCUACAAGAUCUACCUGAGCAAACACGACUGUUCUCGAUACCUGACAAGAUGAUCCUCUCGGGUUAUGCAGGAGGACUGGAAGAGGUGCUCACUGCGGAGGAACUUGAAAGUCUGGGCCAUGGUUGGGCUCGCCUGAUACUCGUGAUGAUGAGGGAAGAAUCAAAAGGCGAGAGCAGUAGUUGGGCGUGGUAUUUCAGGAACCUUCCGAAGCAAUUCGAAACCCCAAUGUUUUGGAGUGCAAAUGACCUCGAAGAGCUCAAAGGGACGGAUAUCGAAUCUCGUAUAGGAAGAGAUGAAGCAGAGCAAGAUUAUCAUGACAAGAUUAUGCCUAUUUUACGUGCCCAUCCCGACGUUUUCCCUCCCUCCUCUCCACACUUCACCGUCGAAGCGUAUCACUUACAAGGCUCUCGAAUCCUCUCCCGGUCGUUCACAAUCUCACAUCUCCGGGCGGUUCGAGCGGCUGGCGGUGUUCUUGGAUCCGGUCCUGGAGAUUCAGGUGCAAGAGGGGCGGACGAUGAGGAUUCCGAGUCAGAGCCAGAAGAAUGGGAAGAGGAAGACUGGGAUGUGCCAGCUAUGAUGCCAAUGGCCGACAUGUUGAACGCGGCAUACCAGAGAGACAACGCGAGAUUGUACGAUUCGGAAGAAACUAUGAGAGAGGGAGACGCUGCGCAAGUCAACCACGACAUGAUCACGGAGAGAAAGGUCAAACUUGGUGAUCAGAUUUUCAACACCUACGAUUCUCCUCCAAAUUCUGAGCUAUUGAGAAAAUACGGACAUGUAGAUGUUUUCGCCUUGGAGUCAGAUGCUCUUGAUCGCCUUGAGCCGGGAGAGGUCGGUGAUUGGCCGUAUGGCAAUCCCGGGGACGAAGUGGAAAUCUCCGCUAAGCUUGUGGUGAAAGCUGCCAAUGCGAUCAGGGAACAAUGUGGAGAACGAGCUUUGUCAGACGAAGACGCAGAGGAAAGAGGUAUCGCUUGGGUUAAAGAUGGGCAAGAAGACUGCUUCAACGUCUCCGGGGCAGACACGGAUCCCGGUCUGAUCUUCUUCAGCCGAAUACUACUGUACGACGCCGAAUGGGAGAAAUUCGACCAACGCGGCAAGCUGCCCAAGCAGAGCAUUGACGGCUCUGUGGCACGUGUGAUCGAAGGGGCUUGUCAGUUAAGACUGGAGGCUUAUCCAAGGACUCUGGAGAUUGAACUCGCUCGGCUGACCAACUCUGUCGACACUCUCUCUACGAAUCAUCGGCGCGCGGCUAUCGUACGGAUAGGGGAGAUGAGAUUACUGAGGAUACUCAGUCGACAAGCAUUGGAACAGGGCAAGAAGCAUCCCGCCAAGCGUCAGAUCGAUCAAGGAUCUGGCUCUCAUGACAGUAGCAAACGAGUCAAGCCGGAUCAUUAAUAAUUCAGCGGUAUAUCCGGAAUCGGAAUUCCCUUGGUUUACUAAUCAAAAAAAAUCCACGGGGAUCCGGUCGGUCCAUCGGGAGGAGGGAAGCCGAAUGCGGGAUGGAAUGUGACUCGUUUUUCUAGACGAUA